AUCAUCCAGGUGAUUCAGGAGUCAAGCUGCUUUCUGAACAACUGGAGGCUCCAAGCUAUACACUGGACAAACUCAAUGUGGACCAUGGAGGUCACUUCAGGAUUACAGCAGGACUGCAUAAAUGUUAAAUCAAACAUGGAAUUGUCAGAGUUCACCAUGAUGAUGCCUGGCCCAGACCCAUACCACUCUGCUGACCUGGAGACCUUGACUAUGAUUGAUCAAUUUUUUGUCUACAAAGAAAGAAAUAUGGAUGAAUGUAUUGAUGAAGUGUGCUGUGGAAAAAACGCGGACAUCAGAUAUACGGUGAAGGACGACAUCGGGAACCUUGUUUUUAAUAUUCUUGAGGACUCCGAUUACUGUAGUCGGAAUAUCCACACAGGACGGUCCUUCACUAUGAAUAUUGUUAAUGACUCAAAUAAAGAGGUCAUCAGACUUGAGCAUCCGUUUAUAUGCUGCUCCUGCAGUGGCCACGAGGUGGAGGUUCAAUCUCCACCGGGUGUUCCCAUCGGACAUGUUGGACAAAACUGGCGUGUUUGUCAACCUAAAUUCACAGUGAAAAAUAAUCAACAUGAACCUGAAUUUAGGAUUGUAGGACCAUGUGUACCUCUUAGCUUCUGCGUGGAUCAGGAGUUUGAGCUGGUGUCUCUGAGUGGUUCAGUGUUCGGCAAGAUCGUGAAACCCUUCUCCUGCAGUUGCGUAAAUGUGGAUGCUGAUUUCGUGCUGCAGUUUCCAAUCAACCUGGAAGACAAAAUGAAAGCUACUCUUCUAGGGACCUGCGUGCUUAUUGACUUCGUGUAUUAUGAUCCGCCAAAACAACCUUUACUAGGUCUGCUAAGUGCGUUCAAGUGAGGCUUACGUCAGAAAGAAGACAGAAGAAGAUGAAUGACUACAGAAUGCUUGGAAAACUAUCCUCCAGUAAAAGUUGAAGAAUUAUUGUGUAUUUGACAAAAAUGGUUUUUAAUAUUCCAUCUUUUCAAAGAAGAAAAAACACCCUUUCUCCAUGUAAAUUCUGUAAAUAUUGAAGUUAAACAUUGAUGGGUCCAUCUUUUUAGCUUUAUUAACACAAUAUUAACAUAUAUAAACAAUCAAACUUUUUUUAGAAAAUAUAUUGUGAGCGGCAGUUCUGUGGGUGCAAAUGCCUUGUUGAUGCCAGAGGUCAGAGGAGAAUGGCCAGACUGGUUCCAGCUGAAAGUAAGGUAACAGUAACUUAAAUAACCACUCAUUACAACCGAAGUCUGCAGAAGAGCAUUUCUGAACACACAACACGUCCAACCUUGAGGCAGGCCGGCUACAGCAGCAGAACUGUAAGCCACUCCUGUCAGCUAAGAACAGGAAACUGAGGCUACAGUUCGCACAGGCUCACCAAAAUUGGACAUUAGAAGAUUGGAAAAACGUUUCCUGAUUUGAUAAGACUCAAUUGCUGCUGCCACAUUCGGAUGGUAGGGUCAGAAUUUGGCAUUAACAACAUGAAAGAUUGGAUCCAUCCUGCCUUGUAUCAAUAUUUCAGGCUGCUGAUGGUGUAAUGGUGUCUGGGAUAUUUUCUUGGCACACUUUGGGCCCAUUAGUACCAACUGAGCAUCGUGUCAACGCCACAGCCUACCUGAAUAUUGUUGCUGACCAUGCCCAUCUCCUUAUAACCAGUGUACCCCUCUUCCAGCAGGAUAACACGCCAUGUCAUAAAGCACGAAUCAUCUCAGACUGGUUUCUUGAACAUGACAAUGAGUUCACUGUACUCAAAUGGCCUCCACUGUCACCAGAUCUCAAUCCAAUAGAGCACCUUUGGGAUGUGAUGGAACGGGAGAUUUGCAUUAUGGAUGUGCAGCCGACAAAUCUGCAGCAACUGCGUGAUGCAAUCAUGUGGAAUUUUCCAGUACCUUGUUGAAUCUAUGCCACGAAGGAUUAAGGCAGUUCUGAAGGCAAAAGGGGGUCCUAAUAAAGUGGCCGGUGAAAAUGUUUGACAAGUUUUCGAAUUGAUUUUAAAAUCCUCAUGCUUGCCUCCUAGCCGUGCUUUACGCUCAUCUCAUCGGGUUCAGGUUGAUCUCUCAGUUUCUACCUGAAAGACCAGGGAGAUGAUGCCGAGGACGAAGGUAGGGGCAGAGCCUAUCCCCCUGGACAGGGCCAACCUGGUGGUGGUGGGGAGGAUGGUGGGUGAACAUCUGCGUCGGUACCUGCAACCAAAUGAAUGAAAUGAAUGGACAGCUUAUAUAUAUAUAUUCCAUGUGUCUCUUGGCUAUUGGUUGGAACUAAUUGUGAGUGACGUGGCAGUAGAUAUUCCUUGUGUCUCAUGGCUAUUGGUUGGAAAU